GCUGUUGUUGGUCCAUGAGAUUCUCCCACAAAAUUGACUUUCGCUCUUCUACAACAACAUGCAGAUAACAGCUGACACUGUCAUUCGCACUGCUUCCAUCUACCAAGGGCUCACAGCCAGGGCAGUGGAUCAUGAGACAUAUCGCUACCACCGGACGUUUCGAGGAUGCUUUGGUGUCUGUCCUGAGCUGGCGGCCGAACUGUGGAACAUGCUGGAUGAUGCUGAUCCAAUGAGCGACAUCAGAUGGGUGACCUACUUCCUGGCUACACUCAUGUUCCUGCGCACUUACACAGUCACUGCUGUUCUGGCCAUGAUAUUCAUGAAGGAUGAAAAGACCAUUCGGCAUUGGGUGUGGGUAUUCAUCGAGAAGAUAGCCACUUUGGACUUGGUGAGCGAUGAGCAAGAAUUCGCUUUCUUCUUCAUUUUUAUCCAUCGCCGUCUUCACCAACAGAGAGCCCUCACCAUGUACAUGCUGUUGCACUCCAACACCACUCCUCCAGAUCAGAUGGGAGUACCGACGAUGAAUGACAAUGGCAGUCGGUGUCUGGUAACUGUUGAUGGAACUGACUUUCGCAUCAGGGAACCAGGUCCUUUCUCAACUGGUUGGUUUACCAAGAAGUUCAAUGGUCCUGGACUGAGGUAUGAAAUUGCUGUAUGUAUUCAAACUGGAUGGAUUGUGUGGAUCAAUGGACCCUUCCCUUGUGGCGAAUGGGUUGAUAUUGCCAUUUCUUUGUCAUCUUUGGUCCACAUGUUUGAGGGAGAUGAGAGAGCUGUGGCUGACAAAGGGUACAGGGGGUAUCCUCAGUACUUUGACUGCCCAUGGCGACACCUUGACAAUCAACAGCAGACUAGCAGGAAGGCUCUUGCAAGGGCCAGGCAUGAAUGUGUCAAUAGGAGACUCAAGGAAUGGAGCUGCCUCCUUCAGAGGUGGCGCCAUUCCCUUGAUAAACAUGGUAAGAUGGCCAUGCUGUGGCCAACAUUGUGCAGCUCCAAAUUAUGGAGCGGCCAAUGUGGCAGGUGGACUACUAUGAUAGAGUCAACAAUGAGUUUGACUUUGAUUAUUAUUAAAUAG